GACAGCCUGGAGCACUAGGAAGGCUUGGGAAACACAGUCAUGUGACCGGGAUCACGUGCUCUCUGGAGAGGGGGGAGAGGAGGAGAGAUAGGCCCUGCACAGAAGACACUAGACAGGCAGGGGAGCUCCGUUUCUGCAAAAGGGCAUCUGCAAGAAUUCACUAAAGCCGAUUCUGAUUCAAAUGAAUUAUCUUCAAUUAACCACUGCAAUAAGCUAACUAGAUUGCAAGCUCUGGACUAAUUGUGUCCAUUUUGGCAAGCAAAACAUGUACACAAACUGCACUGCCAGAAUUCUUCUUCCUUGAUGUUUUGGUUCAAAAUUAAAUGGGGCAGAUUUCCCCUUUCCAGUUUAAAUAGCUCAAACAAGGGCAUUGUGCUUGAUCUCAAACUUUACAAAAAAACAAAGGAUUAGAUAUUUAAAUGAACUGAAACAGACCAAUAAAGAGCAGCUGCUAAUAUUUGGCCAUGGACUGGAAGAAAGCAACUUAAAAUACUGAGACAGAGAACUCAUCAUUUAAAUGACAUAGAGACUUCACUGUGCAUUGGGCAAACUGGGCAAUUAGAUUCAUGUACAUUUCUAUUUAUGUCAAAGGUCUAUUUACUUCUUUGAAUGGCUUAAAGAGACCCUUGUUUUCUCCUGUGUCAGCCUGUUCCAGUAACAUUAAGUAAAAAUACAAGGACUGUCAUAGAAAUGAGGGCUGAAAAAAACUAAGACAGCAGAUAACAUCAAAAUAGAUUAACAGCACCAUGAAAAGGUGAAAUCUUCGUUGUCCUUUAGUUAAAUUGUGGAGGGGAAAUUGACUACUACAACUUUUUGCACUUAAUCCAUUUCCUGUUUUAUAACUUUGUUUUUAGUUGGGUACAACAUUGGCAAAUCACUUUUUUAGAAAAAAUAAAGUGAAUAAUUAAACCAUUUUAUCACCGUUCUAACUCAAAUUGAAAUAGAUUUAAUGGUUCAACUUUUGUAACAGUGAAAUGGAGGUAGUAUUGUCUUUUUAUGUACACAACAAUAUCCUCUGAUUCUUUAUAGGUUCUAAAGCUCAAAGAGAAAGAACCUUCAACUUUUAUUUAGUUCACAUGCAACAAUAGCUGUUAAGUGGGGGAAAUGCCAGCCUGGCACUAAUUUUGCACAGUCUGUGUGCCUUCUUCUUCUGCUCUUUUAUGCAAAUCUAUUCUGUUUUAAUAAGUGAAAUAUGCCAGAACGUGGCACAAAGUAAGAAAACAAAACACUGAAGCAGUUGUUGGCUGUAAAGGAAAAUGAAGAUCGCAAAGCCUUAAAUUACUUGAAUCGUAAAUCUCUACAAUCCUCACCUUUCUGGAAUCAUGCCCAUUUGGUUUCUGCACAGUGAUAUCGCUUACCUGAAACUGAAAUCUCAGGUUGUCUAAAGCCUGCAGAGAGCCGCUUUGAUUUAUAGGAAAACCUGUGGAAGGAUGCUGGAAUAAUGGCACUGAAUCCCCAAAGGACCAUUCAAGCCCCAUAACCUUCAUGAAGAGAAUCCAGAGUGCUGGUAGAUUUUCUAAGCCACAUUGCCAUCAUCUUUUUGUAAAUGGAUAUCUGUUACUAUGCAUUAAGAAGAUGUGCAUCGGCACUGACCUUUUUUAACACUCAAGGUCAGCUUUAACAUUUUAAGAGCUUGAAACUAAUUUAAAUGCACCUGACUUUGAGAAAUUGAUUUAUUUACUUAUUUAUUAUAUUUUUUUACAUGAGGGGGGUUCUGAGACUUUCCUAAGCAUGUAUGCAUCUGUAGAGCAUGGCCCUGUUCUCUGCAGUGAUUCGAACAUCUUAUGCCUUUCCUGGAAAGGAAGAGUCCCAAAAAGUGAGAAAGAGAAACCUGUUUGUAGGAGACGUUACUAUGAAGAAGGAUGGCUAGCUACAGGCAAUGGAAGAGGAGUUGUAGGGGUAACAUUCACACUGAGCCAUUGCCGGAGAGACAGAAAUACUCCACAGAGAACAAACUUCAACCUUCGAGGCCACAACAGUGAGGUGGUGCUAGUGAGAUGGAACGAACCUUUUCAAAAGCUUGCAACCUGUGAUGCAGAUGGAGGGAUAUUUGUGUGGAUCCAAUAUGAAGGACGAUGGUCCGUGGAACUGGUCAAUGAUCGAGGAGCACAGGUUAGUGACUUUACAUGGAGUCAUGAUGGAACCCAAGCACUGAUUUCCUACAGGGACGGUUUUGUGCUGGUGGGCUCUGUGAGUGGUCAGAGACACUGGUCAUCAGAGAUUAACUUGGAAAGUCAAAUCACCUGUGGAAUCUGGACACCGGAUGAUCAGCAGGUGCUAUUUGGCACAGCUGAUGGUCAGGUCAUAGUUAUGGACUGCCAUGGUAGGAUGCUUGCCCAUGUCCUGCUACAUGAAUCAGAUGGGAUUGUGAACAUGUCCUGGAAUUACCCUAGUUUCUUGGUUGAAGACAGCAGUGAGAGUGACACUGAUUCUGAUGACUACUCUCCACCUCAAGAUGGCCCGGCAGCAUAUCCUAUCCCAGUAGAAAACAUCAAGCCACUUCUCACUGUUGGCUUCACUUCAGGAGACAUUCGUUUAAUGAACAACUAUGAUGAUCUAUCACCAACAAUAGUUCGCUCAGGUUUGAAAGAUGUUGUGGUCCAGUGGUGCACCCAAGGAGACUUGCUUGCAGUUGCAGGAAUGGAGAAACAGAACCUGAUUCCUGAGCAUGUAAAUGGCAACUCUCUGAAAAGCGCACUUAUCAAGUUUUACAAUGUCCGUGGAGAACAUAUCUAUACUCUGGAAACCCCAGUUCAGCGUCCAAUCACAUCCAUUUGUUGGGGCCACAGAGAUUCCCGCCUGUUCCUUGCCUCAGGCCCUGCUCUUUAUGUUGUACGUGUGGAGCACAGGGUGGCCAGUCUUCAGCUUUUAUGUCAGCAAACAAUUGCCACCUCUCUGAGUGACGACAAGGAUAUCUGCAAGCUAAACCUCCCUCCUCGACUCUGCUCAUACCUCACUACUGCUUUCAUACCAACUAUUAAGCCUCCCAUACCUGAUCCAAACAACAUGAGGGAUUUUGUCAGCUACCCAACCUCAGGUAAUGAGAGAUUGCACUGCACCAUGAAACGGACAGAAGAUGACCCAGAGGUUGGAGGUCCGUGUUAUACGUUGUACUUAGAGUAUCUAGGUGGGUUAGUCCCUGUCCUUAAAGGAAGAAGAAUUAGCAAGCUGCGUCCUGAAUUUGUUAUUAUGGAUCCAAAAACAGAUGCAAAAACAGAUGAAAUCUACGGCAAUGGCUUGAUCUCCUCCGUGAUUGACAGCUGUAACUGCUCGGAUUCCAGUGAUAUAGAACUGAGUGAUGACUGGGCAGCCAAAAAAUCUCCAAAGAUUUCAAGAGCUAGCAAAUCACCCAAGUUACCCAGAAUUAACAUAGAAGCUCGUAAAUCACCAAAGUUACCUCGGGCUGCCCAAGAAAUUACAAGAUCUCCACGGCUGCCUAUUAGGAAGCCAUCUAUUGGCUCACCCAGCUUAACUCGCAGAGAGUGUCCUUUGGAAGACAUCACACAGCAUAACUACCUUGCUCAGGUCACCUCCAACAUAUGGGGAACCAAAUUUAAGAUUGUAGGAUUAGCAGCCUUCCUUCCAGCCAAUCUUGGUGCAGUUAUUUAUAAAACAAGCUUGCUGCACCUACAACCAAGGCAAAUGACCAUCUACCUUCCAGAAGUACGAAAAAUAUCAAUGGACUAUAUCAAUUUGCCAGUGUUUAAUACUAAUGUUUUCAGUGAAGAUGAGGAUGAUUUACCAGUAACUGGAACAUCUGGGGCCCCUGAGAACAAUCCCCCUUGCACUGUGAAUAUUCCAAUUGCACCCAUUCAUAGUUCAGCCCAAGCGAUGUCACCAACUCAAAGUAUUGGCUUGGUUCAGUCUUUGCUAGCCAAUCAGAAUGUACAGUUGGAUGUUCUUGCCAAUCAAAUGGUAGCUGCUGCACCACCACUAGAUCACCCAACAGAAAGUGCUGUUCCAUAUCCAGCUCCAAAUCGGUACUCCAACCCAGGACAGGUUAUAUUUGGUGGGGUUGAAAUGGGCCGCUUGAUACAGCCCCCACAACCUCCCAUGCAAAUGGCACACCCACCCCAAGGGUCUGCCCAGAUGUCAAUUAUUGAUCACAGUGAAAGGGACCAUGAACAUCUGCAGAAGACAAAACCUUUGCGCACUAUACCUCAGUAUGCAGAAGGCGAUGCUGUUGUUUUUACAGCUGUUCAGGAAAUACAGAACCACAAACUCAAUCCUCCUCCACCAUACCCAGGAACUAUUCCAGCUCCUCCAACAUCAGCAGCACCACCUCCUCCUAUCUCUCAGCCACCUGUGGAUCUCUGUUCAAAGAAGAGUGAAUUCUCACUCUUUGCAAAUCCCCACUACCAGCCCCCUCUGGGAUAUGAACGAAUUACAACAUUUGACAGCAGUGGAAAUGUUGAAGAGGUAUGCAGGCCACGAAUGCGAAUGCUCUGUACUCAGAAUACAUAUACACUUCAAGGGCCAGGUAGCUCUGCUACAUUAAGGGUUUCUGCAACUGAAAAGAAAAUUAAACAGCCUUGCACCAGUGCUACACUGAAUAGACUAACUGUUCCUCGUUAUUCUAUUCCAUCUGGGGAUCCACCGCCAUACCCAGAGAUAGCUGCACAGCUUGCUCAAGGAAGAAACAUGGCUCAGAGGAUAGAUAGCAGUCUUAUUCAUGCUACUCUCCGAAGAAAUAGUAGGGAAGCUGCUCUGAAAAUGGCUCAGAUAGUGGACAACCAGAGAGCACCACAGCAGCAUCCCCCCAAAUCAAAAAGUAAUGUUGUUCCUGCACAGUUCCAGCAAAGGACUCCCACUGCAUUGUAUACUUGCAGCCAGUGCAGUAGUGGCACUGGUGUAAUGAGUAGCAGCAAUCAUACUGGCAAUAUUAGCACCAGCACAAUUGGUGUCGGAAGUAUUCGGCCUGAUUUAUCUACAGGGAGUGGCCCACAACAGAGUACAGUCAUAGUGCACUCUGCCAGCACUACUCCUUUAGCUUCUCAGUCCUCAUAUAACCUGUUAAGUCCAGCUGAAAGCAGCAGGGACAGGACAGAUUAUAUUAACUCUGCAUUUACUGAAGAUGAGGCUGUUUCACAGCAUUGCUCAGUAGAAAAACCAGUAAGACAUUUAAGCCUUGCCGAGGCUGGAUUAACUAUAAAACGCCCCCCACCUUAUCAGUGGGACCCAAGAGUAAGUGAGGAUAUAUGGGUCCCUCAGGAAAGGACUGCUCAUAACACAUUGCCUAUUCCUAAGAGGCCUCCUCCACUUAUCAUUGGUCAAAACCAGCAUUUAGAUAUGUCACGUGUGCCAUUUAUUUCCCCAAAGUCCCCAACUAGUCCCAUUUCUACAUUCCAGGCAAAUUACGGAGUUGGGAUACCAUACACUGGGGCUUAUAGUGUACCUUUGCCUCAUCAGCAGAUUCCAAAUCCUUGUUCCCCAAAAGAAGCUUUAUCCCCACCACAGUUUGUGCAGCAAGAACCAACAAUAGUUAUACAGCCAGCAUAUCCACCCAACCUACCUUGUUGCCCGUUGCCCCCAAUGUAUCCUGGCAAUAGUACUUGUAAUGGUUUACAGCUUCCUGCAAUAGCUUUGCACCCAUGGAACAGUUAUAAUGCAUGCCCACCAGUGCAGAGUGUCCAGGCUGCCCUUCCACCAAAGCCUCACGUAGUGCCAGAAAAGACUGUUUUAUCUCCUCCUCAUCCAGAACUUCAAAGUAACAUAGGUACGGAGGUUAUGGUGGAAACUGCUGAUAAUUUCCAAGAGGUUUUAUCAUUAACAGAGAGCCCAGUACCCCAGCGAACUGACAAGUUUGCUAAGAAAAACCGAAAGCGAAUAGACAGCAGAGCUGAGGAAGGGAAUGUGCAAGCUAUCACUGAAGGCAAAGUGAAAAAGGAUGCAAGAACUUUGGGUGACUUUAAUUCCCUUAUUGCCAGUCCCAGACUAGGAAGAGAAAAGAAGAAAGUCAAAAGUCAAAAAGACCAGCUAAAAUCAAAGAAGCUGAAUAAGACAAAUGAGUUUCAGGAUAGUUCAGAGAGUGAGCCCGAACUUUUUAUAAGUGGAGAUGAACUGAUGAACCAGAGCCAGAGCAAUAAAAAAGGCUGGAAAACUAAAAGAAAUCUUAGGACAGCGAGUGAUCUAGAUGAAUUUAAGUGCCGAAAGGCUAAUGAAAAAGAUGAUGGACGUUUGGGGAGUCAAGGGUUUGUUUAUGUUAUGGCAAAUAAACAACCUCUAUGGAAUGAAGCUACACAGGUCUAUCAGUUGGACUUUGGAGGCAGAGUGACUCAAGAAUCUGCCAAAAAUUUUCAGAUUGAACUUGAAGGAAGACAGGUAAUGCAGUUUGGCAGGAUUGAUGGCAAUGCAUAUAUUUUGGACUUUCAGUAUCCAUUUUCAGCCGUCCAAGCCUUUGCAGUUGCUUUGGCUAAUGUGACUCAGCGUCUGAAAUGAGUCAAGCUUUGACCUUACCAGAAACAUUUCAGUUAUGAUUUAUACGGGAACGAACACAAUGUGGAGUGCAAGUGGAAAAGCGCAAAGAUUAAAACUGGAAAAUAAGAACAAAUGCCUAUACAGAGGCAUCUUCUUAGAAUUUGUUGUUUAUUUUUAUUUUUCAUUGUUUUUUUACAUGCAAUAUUGCUGAUAUUUGGGUGGGAGCCAUUUUAUGUUAAGGUGGGAGUGUGGCUUUUGGCUUGUAUUGAUGGUUCUGUUGUGUUCAGUGCAAUAGAUGUUUGAAUAUUAAAUGAAAAACUGCCUUAUUUAUAUAUUAUUUUGUUGUUGUUGUUAAGCAAUGACCUACAUGGUUCAUUAAACCUGUUUUUUUUCUGUUUGUAGUACCACAAACUCAAAAUUUGCAACUAAAUGAUAUUUUCUAAUACUUGAAUGCAUUAAAAAUGUUUUCUAAGUGGGCA